AUGCCGCCGUGUCGUACCGUGAGAGAGCUGACCCGACCCCUCCCCGUCUCCAGGUACUACAGCAUCCGCAUCGACCCUGUGCAUUACUGCAAGCUCGAGGCCGUGCUGGCGGAGAAGCGCAAGAAGACGAAGCGCUUCGACUACAACGGCAUCCCCGAGGACCCGGCGCUGGCGAGGCUGAGGCUCUUUCGUCGGACCGUCCGCGACGACCCGACGCGGAUAGGAAAGCUCGUCCAGUUCCUCAAGACGCCCUGGAUGCUUCGCGAGUCCUGCCACGUCGAGCUGGCGCAGACCAUCGCCGUCCUGCCCAACCUCAAGUACAUAGACCUCCCGGAGGGCAUGUUCUCCGACGAGCCAAACUACGCCACGCUGAGGCUCGAGGUGCAGGCGCGCUGCCCGAAGCUGCGGAAGAUGACGUACGUCAAGGGAUCCGAGCGAAGCUUUGCCGACCUCGUCCUGCCAAACGUGUGGCCGGAGCUCGAGGUGCUGGAGCUCGACCGUCUCGAGGUCGACCCCAUGAUCCUCCGAAACGUCCUGGGAUCCCUCGUCCGCCUGCGGGCCCUCAAGGUGACGGAGACGCGCAGCUUUUCGGACGAGGUCAUGGUCUCGGCCGACGGCCGCCCGCCCCUGCCGGCGCUCGAGGAGCUCGUGCUCAAGGACACGCCGAGGAUGACGAUUGCCGGCCUGACCAAGUACUGCGCCUGGGAGCAGACCAAGGCCACGCUCCGCGUGCUCAUCCUCAAGGACACGGGCGUCCAGACGUGGCGGCUGCAGGAGAUACUCGCGCUCGCGCCGGCCCUGCGGACGCUUGCCUUUCAAGCCAAGGUGUCGGUCGCCUUUCCGCAGGAUGAGAAUGCGCCGUUGCUGUCGUCGAGGCGCCUCCGCACUUUGCGCUUCGAGAUAUCGUCUACGGCGGAAGCCGGGCCGUACGUCACGCCCGGCUACUAUUCGUACCUGGCCUCGUGCGUCAUGUCGGGCGGCCUCCCCAAGCUGCGCCGGCUGUUUGUGCUCGACGACAAGUUUCCCGAGAAGCUCUCGGGCCUGCCGGCGCCCGGCGCGCCGUUUGCCGGCGGCCAAGGCUUCCGCGCAACCCACGGCGAGGCCCCGUCGAUUCGCAUCUCGGCGGCGUCGACGGUGCCGAUGACGCCCAUGUCUCCGUCGUUCAAGCCGCUGCUGCCGAUCGGACGACCGAACCGGUUCAGCUCGAACAACCCGUACGCGGCCGAGGCAGGCGCGCCGCCGCCGAAGCAGACGCUCGAGAUCUUCACCAAGCAGAACGAGAACGACCGGUGGAACUUUUCGCGCGUCGAUUCCGUCGCCGCCGUGCAGGAAGGCCUCACCGCUCACCGGCCGGCCAGCAGCUACGGGCUCGCGGCAGACGUUGCCGGGCAGGGGUGGAACAGCAGCGGCACCCGCCGGAGCGUCAUGAUUGGCAACGGAGCGAACGGCUUCUUCACCGUGUCUGGCGAGGGCGACGAGGAUGGCUCGAAUGCCGCAACGUUCCAGCUGAUGAAGCCGCCACCGAGGAGAUUUCCGCCGCCCGCGAGGGGAAACGCGCGGCCGCAACAGCCGGCCAGCCGCAUGCCGGGACGGCAACCGCAGUGGGACACGCCCGAGAUGGCAGAAGACGACGCCCACGGCGGUGGGUUCUUUUGA